AUGGAUAACCAAAGAAAUGAAGAAAUUAUCAGUGAACCAAUCUAUGUUAAUGUUACUGGUAAAAGACAAACAAGUCCUGUGGAAAUCUCACAACUUUAUGAUUAUAUAAAGAAAAAUAAAGAACAUAAUUGUUUAGGCUUCAAAAAAGAAUUUGAGGAAUUACCAGUUGGAUUAUUAGCAUGUUGUGAAGUGAGUCGAAAAGCUGAUAAUAGAGCUAAAAAUAGAUACGGUAAUAUUGUGGCAUAUGAUCAUUCUAGAGUUAUAUUAGAUCCUAUACAAGGAGAACCUAAUACAGACUAUGUUAAUGCUAAUUAUAUGGAUGGUUAUUCAAGAAAAAAAGCAUUCAUAGCCUCACAAGGACCCAAUAAAACUAUGAUCAGAGAUUUUUGGAGAAUGGUAUGGCAGUUAAAGAUAUCUAAAAUAGUUAUGUUAACAAAUUUAGUAGAGGCAUGUAAGAGAAAAUGUGAACAGUACUGGCCUGAAGAAGGUUCUAUAAAAUAUGGUGAAGUUACAGUCAAACUUGUACAUACCCGAAAAUACACAGACUAUACUAUUAGAACUUUUGAAAUUGCAAGGGUAGGUUCUUCUGAAGAAAUUAGUAAAAUAGUAAAACAGUUCCAUUUUACUACAUGGUCAGAUCAUGGUGCCCCAACCUACCCUACAACAUUAUUAGCUUUCAGACGUAAAGUAUUAUUAUAUAAUACAGAUAGUACAGCUCCUAUACUCUGUCAUUGUAGUGCUGGUAUUGGAAGAACAGGAACAUAUAUAGCUUUAGAUUAUCUGUUAGAUCAAGCACAACAUGAGAAUGUUGUAGAUGUUUUAGGUAUAGCACAAAUAAUGAGAACGAAUAGAGUGAAUAUGAUACAAACGUGGGAACAAUAUGUAUUUGUGUAUGAUGCUGUUCUAGAAGCUAUUAAAUCUGGUAAUACAACUAUUUUAAGAUCUGUAUUUAGAAAUGUUUAUCAAGAUAUGUGUACAGCUCAUGAUGAUGGUGAAAAAACAGAACUAGAAAGACAGUAUGAGGUAGAUGUUUAA